AUGGCCGACAUCCAGCACAAGCGCGUGGCGCUCCAGCUCAAAGCCGCGUGCGAGGAGACAGCGGCUCAGGCAAUCGCCGCGACGACUGCGAGCGGACAGGCGAGUCGCAUCCACGGCAAGAACCGCAAGUUUGGCAGCCGCAAAGAGGCUAUGGCGGCCAAGAUUGAGGCUGCAAAAGCAAAGCGUGAGGCGAAGGAGGCAGCAGAGUGA